GGUCAGCACCUCCAUAUAAAUUCAAUAAGAGGAUAACUAGUUCUUAUACAUUGAGCAUAUAAUGUUUACAAGAGUAUGUUUUGCUUGGUCGCACCUUAAAAAAGACUCAGAGGCUAUCACAGGUGACUUGCAUAGUGGAAAAGAAGAAAGUAAACGCCCACGGGUGCUUCUAGCUUUCAUGCGAUGGGUGUUCGGCUUUCUCUGAGUUCACUGACUGGUAAUCAGGAAAUUCCCUUUAAGACACAAGCCCAGAUUCAGUGCGACAGACUGUGAUUUUAGUCGCUCGAGGGUGUUCAGUGAUCAGGAAGAGACUUGACGAGACGUUUCAGAAAGAGCCGAGCGAAUGAUUUAAUUCUGCAGUAUGGAAAUCUAGAUUGAUAAUGGUAGGUGAGGGAUGAAGGUUUGUAGGUGAGAGACACAUCAUACACCUUCGAUCAUGUCAAAAACGAAAAGCGACGAGGAGUUCACUUUCGUCAGUCCAGUGGUGAAAUAUUUACUUUUCUUCUUCAACAUGAUAUUUUGGAUAAUCGCACUGAUCCUGAUAUCUAUUGGAGUUUAUUCCAGGACGGUUAAACAUGAGACAGCGCUGGCCUGUCUGACGGUGGAUCCUGCUCUGUUACUGAUGAUAGUUGGCAUUAUCAUGUUCUUCAUCACAUUCUGUGGCUGUGUGGGUUCUCUGAGGGAAAACAUAUGCUUACUGCAGACGUUCUGCAUCAUCCUGACUAUCAUCUUUCUGCUGCAGCUAGUGGCUGGUGUUCUGGGUUUUUUCUUCUCAGACAAGGCACGUGGAAAAGUAACAGAUAUGAUUGACAACGCCAUCGAGCAUUACAGGGAUGACAUAGAUCUUCAGAACUUCAUCGACUAUGGACAAAAACAGUUUAACUGCUGUGGGGGAAUCUCCUACAUGGAUUGGUCUCAGAACAUGUACUUCAAUUGUUCAAAAGAGAACCCGAGCAGAGAGCGUUGUUCUGUGCCCUUCUCCUGUUGUCUGCUCUCCAAUGAGGAGAAUGUUAUAAAUACCAUGUGUGGUCAUAGGGUGCAGCAGCUGGAAUAUCUUGAAGCAAGUUCCUUCAUUAACACCAAUGGCUGCAUUGAUAAACUGGUGAACUGGAUCCACAGUAACCUGUUUCUGUUGGGGGGUAUUGCACUGGGCCUGGCCAUCCCACAGUUGGUUGGGAUUCUCCUCUCUCAGAUUCUUAUUAAUCAAAUCCAGGAUCAGAUUAAACUACAAAAUUACAGCCAACAACAUCGCUCAGACCCCUGGAGCUGAAACAGUCGA